GUUUCCCGACACGAGUCGAGUGGCUCCGAGGAGUGAGCGGAGCCCGACAUAUUCUGAACACCUUCCAAAUGUUGAGCCCGAGUCGUGAAGUGCUGCUCUUGAGGGGGGCGAGGUUGGAAGGGAGGGAGACGACGAGGGAGAAAACAGGCAUCGUCCGCACAGAUUUUCACCUCUGAGAGCAUCCCGACAUCUCCUCUGACUGCACCGCAGCUCCGACCGGCCCAGUCAAAGGCACAAAACAAUCAGCCAGAAUGGGGACAGUCAGCAUGAUCGCCUUCAGCUUUCUGCUCGCCACAGCUCUUUCCGCCCCUGUUAAAGUCAAUGAGGACUCCAAGACCUUGUUUCACGGGGAGGAUUUCCACAUCAUGCUGCCCUCACGCUCAGAGGUCACAUUUCGGAACAGGUCUGCUCCUCGGUCGGGUGACGUGUUCCUCAUGCGUGAUGGCAAAUUGGUCAGCAGUCGGGCCAGACUCAACAGCCAACUCAGCUACCUCAUCAUAGAAGCUGUUGGCGAGGAAGACGAGGGGGUGUACACCGUGAAGAGUCUAGAGAACCCAGACGACAUUAGACGCACUACGCUGAUAGUCCGAGAUUGCUCCAACGAGCAGGUCAUCAAAUAUGGAGACAACUACCAUAUUCCACUGUUAGGGGUGACUCCUCCCAUCACCCUGGAGUACAGGCCCAGUGCCGUGGAGGCCAACCUGACAUCUAGACCUGCUCUGGUGCUGCUAACCAGCACAGAGAUAACCAGGGACGGCUACCAGGGUCGAAUCAGCGUCAACGAUCGCUACGUCACCCUCAGCGCUGUCACGGGUGCAGACGAGGGUAGCUACACUGUCAGGGAUGCCCGAGGUGAUAUUCAAAGGAAAGUGUGUCUCAACGUCAGAGAGCACCAAAAUUUUGUGACCUUGCCACACGGCAAAAGACUGAAGAUCAACCUGAUUCUCAACAGCUCCUUGGUCCGCCUCUACUACAGCCCCAACUCUAACCCCGUACCCCAUCUGCUGCUGGACAAGGGAGAAUUUACAAAUGCCCAAACGGAGCUGGGUUUUGAAGACCGUCUCACUCUAGAGGGUUCAUGGGUUUAUCUGGAUCAGGUCAAGAAUGCAGAUGAAGGCCAAUUCCAAAUUACUGACAUACUGGGGUUCAAUGUAUCCAACGUCCACCUGGAAUUACAACCCUACAGGCUGGAGUCACUGUAUGUGGCCAUCAUUGCCCUGUUGGGCCUGCUGGUUUUCCUUCUGCUGGUUUGUCUUCUGUCCUGCCUGUUCAAAGUGAAGAAGAGGGCCAAGAGGGCUGCUGCUCUGGAAAAGAUCGCCCAGAACGCUGGCAAAGAGGAUGAGGGAGAGGCCUUCAGACAGGUGGUCCAGAACAUCACCAAACUCAGUGAGGAAUCGAAGCAUUCCCAGGCAGACAACACAGAGAAAUCUCAGAGCACUGAGGUGGAUAUUAAAGGUCUGGAGGUUUCCUCUAAAGAGGUUGGGAUCGGUAACCUAGAGACUAGUGACUCUGGUGUUGGCUUUAACACCGCCCUCCCACUGGACACUGACACUGAUGCCCCCGAUCAAAACCUUGACUCUGUGGCUGUAAGCAUCUCCGCUGCCUCUGAAACCAAACCAAGUCCACCGUCUGCUGCUGCUGCUGAAUCCAUGCCAAGCGCUCCACCAGCUGCGGAAAUGAAGUCCAGUCCAGUAGCUGAAACUAAAGCCUCCCCAGCACCCGAGACCAAGAAGACCCCUGAUCAGCCAGUGGAAGCAAAGCUGGACGUGCCCAAACCAGCAGAUGUUAAGCUCAGCCCAGCCUCGAGCCCUGAGCCCAAGACUGGUCUGAGUCCAGCUGAUCCAAAGACAACACCCAGCCCAAGCCCAGAACCUAAAUCACCUGAACCUAAGGCCCCCACUCCAACACCUGAAAGCAAGAGUGCCCUGACUCCCACACCCGAGCCCCCCAAAUCCACCACACUGGAACCUAUUACCAACGGUACACCCGAGCCAGGCCCGGAUUCCAAACCAAGCCCAGAUCACACUGAUAUUAUCGGAGGCUCCACUCCAAAAGCAGCUCCCCCGAAAACCCCUGAAGUGGAGCUGAAAUCUAGCGGUGCUGCGCUGGAGGCCAGCAAAGACGGCACCGUGGCUGAGGAAUCAACUACCACCACCACCACCACCUGAGGACUGCCCCUGCAAAAAUCCAAGGGAAGCCCCACAGAUCUUCUCCAUCUACCACCACUGUAGACAAUCGAACACCCCCUACCAAAUAAUGAAGACACCACUGAAACUGGGAUGAGGACUUCGAUUUAACACGUCUAAUGCCUGAACACACUUUGAUCACAGUAUCUCACUUGUCUAAAACUAACACAUAACCUUUGAGACUUUCCGAUUCAGGAAAUCUUCACAUAACUAAUGCGGCUUGUUGGUUGUUAAACAUUUUUGUUGUAUACACCUUGCAGCCUCGUUUUUUGGUAACUUCAUAGUAAGACUGUCAGACUGCAAAUGAAUUCCUUUGCAGAGUUUACAAAUAGUUCUCCACAUACGGACUUUUCUAACAUAAUGAGGUAGCCAGAAAGGUUUACAACAUUUCAGUAAAACAAUAAUAUUCUAGAAUCUCUAAUUUGGCCUUAACUAGCUUAGCAAUGCUUGUUCCUCUGUCCGCAUGUGGAUAAAACAGACAAAAAGCAUGACCUUUUUAGCCGAUGUCAUCGCACACCUACAAAAAUGUGUGAUGACAUUCUUUGGAUUGGGCAUCAUCAAAACAAAAAUGAAAGCCCCCUUUUGUUUACACACUGUACAUAGCUGAAAUAUGGAUGUUAUACGCUUGUGCCGGUCCUCUGGCUUCAGAAACAUUUGCAAUACAUGAUCACAUAAAGAAAAAAAAAUACUUUAGCGUAUUUACCCACACAAGAAAACGUACUAACAAUACUAACCCAACUAUUUAUAGACUCUGAGAUACAGGCUCUUGGUGGAUAUCUCAGAUGAUUAAAUGUAUUUUGCAGACUGAUCCCUCAAGUCCGGAUCAACCACUUUACUGCCUUUGAUCUGGAUUUCCCCGUGGCUCUAUAAAAAUCCCAUUAUUCCUACAGUUUAACAGCAAGCUCUUUCAAGCAUUAACUCCAGGCACUUAAUGGGACCACCAUGUUCCUGCUGUACGUUGGGCUGUCCAAAGGUGAAAUACUGAAUGAAAGUGUCUGGUGAGUUUGUGCUUGCUUGUUUCUUUCAUUAUCUGUUUUGUCAGUCAUUCCUUCAAUGAUCCUCCUUCUUUCCUUCAUCCUUUCCCUCUUUUUCUUUGCCGGGCAUCAGUUUUAACUAUUACGUACGCAGCCUUUGACAGAGAUUAGAAUCAUGACUUAUUUAUUUUUUAUUCAAACUAGAUAUUUCCUCUGAAGUAUUUGGUUGUGUUGGCAAUGACAGAGAGUAGUACCUGUGUCUUUGACCCUCUGAAUUUUGGCAAAAGCUUAAACAUUUAUGCCUAGCAUCUUUAAUGGCUCCAAAAUACUCCUAUGAGGCCUUUAUCAAAGCCACGACAUCACCUAUGUGGAGGCUCCGUCAACACAGAUCAAUGUUAGUUGAAACUCCUGCAUGGUACAGAUGAGGUUAGCAGAUAAAUUUCAAUGUUACAACAUGUAUGUCUCUACCUCGUGUUUUAACUGACCACUGGAAAACCAAUGACAGUCCAGGUUUGGUGCACUGAAAUCAACAAAAAGCAUUUUCGGAUUUUUGACAGAAGCACAAAAUGAUAGCCAUGAAGAUCCAAUGAAAUGAUCAGUGAGAUGUAGGAACAUUGUUAAGAGACAGAUUCAUCUUCGACCAACUGGCCUUUCUCUGUAGCUUUCCUGACUAAUAGAAUUUUCUAACAAGUUGAUUAAUAUCAGGCGAAACGUCAGCAUUUUAAAAAGCCAUAUGAUAUGAAAAUAGGUUUAGAUGUCAGAUUUGUUAUUAAAAUAAAUAAAUAUAAUAUAUAAAGUAAAAAAAAAAGAAAAAUCAAGGGGUCUCGAUGUUAAAUGGAUAAACAGUUUCAGAUGGUGUGUACACAUGGGCAAAGGCAUUCUAAUGUAAAACAUUUCAAACAUAUAUGCCUCAUUUCUAACCUGGAAGGAACCAGAAACCCGUUUUGGGCAAUACUAAUAAUUGUCUUUAUAUACAUAUACACACACCCCAUACACACACACACAAACACUAUGGAAACCCAUUUCCACCAGUCUGAUUGAAAAAAAAAAGAUAUCCUGUAAUUCACUAUAAUGAGAAACAGAAAAAAUGACUUAGUUUCCCAAAACACUAAGAAAUGUUCGGGGUUUUUUUUUUCAUUAUUUUGAGGACGCUUCUUAAUUUGAGAUACUUACAACAUUUAAAAUACAAAGUCCUUAUUUUAAGAUAAGUAAGGUAUUAUUUUGCAAAAUAUUUUUAAAUACUAAGUCAUAAUUUUGAGAUUUUUAUCAUUUUGAGAUAGUAGGUCAUUAUUUUUCAGAUAUCAAGUUAUUAUUUUUGAGAUUCUAUAUUAAUAUUGUGAGAUGUUCAGUGUCAAUGUUUUUGUGAAAUCUCUUACUAAUCUGAGAUACCAUGUCAUUAUUUUGACAAAGUUUCCCAAAAUGUUGAGAUAUUAAGUCGCCAUUUUGAGAUACGAAGUCAUUAUUUUGAGAGUUUCCAUUAUUUUGAUAUUCUAACACAUUUUUUUAGAUAUUAAGUCAUUUUUUAAAAAAGGCUUCUCGUUAUUUUGAGAUGAGUCAUUAUUCUGAGAAAGUUUCCCCUUAUUUUGAGAUAUUAAGUCUUUUUUUUUUUUUUUUUUUUUUUU